AUGAGCAUCCCUAAGCGGAGGAUUGCUUAUUUUUAUGACGAAGAUAUUGGCAAUUAUUAUUAUACUCAUAGCCAUCCUAUGAAACCUGUCCGUGUUCGCAUGACGCAUAGUCUUGUGCUUGGCUACAAACUUCAUGAACAUAUGGACGUCUUCCAUCCACGCAGAGCAUCUCCAGAAGAAAUGAUGCGAUUUCAUACACCAGGAUACAUCAAAUUCCUUCAAACAGCAACUCCAUCUAAUACAAAUCCAAAAUCCGAAGAUGCAGUUCACUAUAAUAUUGGUUUCGACUGCCCUGUUUUCGAUAAUAUUUUCGAAUUUUGCCAAAUCUCGGCUGGUGGAAGUAUCAGCGCUGCUCAAAGAUUGAAUUACAACCUUGCAGACGUUGCAAUUAAUUGGGCAGGCGGCCUCCAUCACGCUAGAAGAGAUCAGGCUAGCGGAUUUUGUUACAUAGCCGAUUGCGUCCUCGGCAUUAUGGAAUUGCUUAAAUAUCAUCCACGCGUUAUGUAUAUUGAUAUUGAUAUUCACCACGGCGAUGGCGUUGAAGAAGCUUUUUACAAUACUGACCGUGUUUUAACGGUUUCCUUCCAUAAAUAUGGAAAAGAAUUCUUCCCAGAAAGUGGUCAUAUUUCAGAUGUCGGAAUUAAUAGCGGUAAGUACUACGCAGUUAAUGUUCCUCUUCGUGAUGGCAUGACAGACGAAGCAUAUCAUUACUUAUUCAAGCCAAUUAUCAGAAAUCUCAUCCAUUUCUACCAACCAGGCGCGAUUUUCUUACAAUGCGGAGCAGAUUCACUUGUAGGUGAUCUUCUCGGCUAUUUCAACCUUUCUACUUACGGACAUGGUGAAUGCGUUAAGUUUGUCCAGUCAUUUGGAAUUCCACUUCUUGUUGCGGGCGGUGGCGGCUACAUUAAGCAGAGUGUUGCUCGCUGUUGGACAUACGAGACCUCAUUAAUCGUUAAUCAAGAUAUUCCCGACGAAUUACCAGAAAAUGAUUAUCUUGAGUACUUCCAACCAUCAUACAAGCUCCACCUCCAUCCAGAUAAGAAGAAGAACCUCAACUCCGAAGAGUUUCUCCAUAACAUUUACGUCCACGUCAUGGAAAACGUCAGACAUCUCGCAGCAGCUCCUUCUGUACAAAUGACGGAGCUUCCACCGAGAGCGGCCAUGUCCCGACCAAUUAAGGUGCACGAGGAAACCUCCAAUUUCUGUAAGAGACUGUUUAUGAAAUUCCAAACAGAAGAUGACAUCCAGGAACAGAAGGAACAAGAGGAAGCACAGAGAAUGGAUGACGAGGAAUACGCUGAGAAGAUGAGCCACGAACCUAACCCUAAUAUACCUGUUAAAGAGCCAUUACCUGAAAUGUAA